AUGACACCUCGAAGCGUCAAUAAACGUUACGGUCCCGUUGUCCACCUUGAAGACUUGCGCAAGUGUUUUAAUAUGCCCAUUGCUGCCGUCGCCCAGAAAUUUGGAAUUUGUGUGACAUUACUCAAGAAAAUCUGUCGACAUCAUGGGAUUCAACGCUGGCCACAUCGUCAGAUUCGUAGCUUGGAAAAGAGUAUCGACAUGUUACGCGAGUCUUUGGAUUCAGCUAAAGGCACAAACAAAGAUUAUGUUGCCAAGAAGAUUAUGGCCUUUGAGUACACACUCGAGUGUAUCAUACAAGACCCUAAUGCAGCAGCUAAAGGCAUCUUGGCCGGACGAUUGGCUUCGCCUGCUACUGAAGAGACGAACAAGCGUGGCAAUCGAGCCAAAAGUCGCAGAUUAAAGACACGAGCUGCAAUGUCGGAUAAUGAAGACAAAGUUUCAGGUUCUACUGAUGUUUUAUCAGUAAAGACGAUGCCGAGACAACAAGAUUGGAUGCCAAAGAGUGGGUCCAGGCGUCUCAAUACGCGUCGAGCGAGUUUACCCAUUAGAAACGCCCUGCAAGACGCUCUCUUAGAAGGAGGAAUUGCUGUAGAAGACAGUGUCAAUGAGAUCAACAGUUUGACAAGGUGA